AUGGAUGCUCUACAAUUGAAGCGUAUAGCAGCUUCUUUGAUGGGUUCUACUCAGCCAAAUUGUGUUAAUCAGAAGGGAAAGAACAUUAGGGUAGAUGAUGAUGACUACAUACCGUUAGAUCAUGAGGAUGACACUGAUGCUGAGUCCUUUGAAAGUGUUGACGAUGAGGGCUUACCAAUGCCACCAAAACGAUUGACGCAGUCAUCUCUUCAACCUUCGCACGAGGCAAUUGUUGUUCCAAAUGGGGAUUUACAUGACAAUGUGGAUACCAAACACUCACAGCCACUUGAUGUCGAUAUGGAGGCACCGAGGGAGGAUCAAUUUGACAUGGAAGGCGACUCCACAAAUGUUAGCAAAGCGAUGGCAACAAAGUGUGGACGGAGCUUGAGCAGCCACAACUACAGACUACGAAAAAAAUACCUGAACCUUAAAAGUGCUAAGGGAGAGGAGUAUGCUAGAAGCCAGGAAAAAAUUCGACAAAAAUUGGAAGAAGACAAGGCAGAAAGAAGACGGAAGCUUGGAUUGCCACCAGAAGAUCUUGAUACUGCAAUGCUUUCUGCACCUGUUGUGGAGGAAAAGAAGAGCUCAUUGCCAGUCAGGCCUGCCACAAAGGCAGAACAAAUGAGAGAGUGUCUACGAUCUCUCAAGCAGAACCAUAAGGAUGACGAGGCCAAAGUGAAGACGACAUUUAAUACGCUUUUAACUUAUGUGAAGAAUGUUGCGACAAAUCCCAAUGAGGACAAAUUCCGUAAAAUUAGACUCACUAAUGCCACCUUUCAAGGUAGAGUUGGUGCACUGCAACGUGGAAUUGAGUUUAUUGAGCUGUGUGGGUUUGAGAAAAUUGAAGGAGGUGAGUUCUUGUUUCUACCCAGAGAUAAAGUUGAUAGAGCAGUGCUGAACUCAGCUGGGACCGAGUUGAAUAAUGCGAUAAGUAAUCCUUUCUUUGGGGUUCUCUAA